UCCACGUGUUACUUUUCUCCUGAGCUCAGUGGAGGAACGGACAGUAUCUACAAGUUUAAAUCAGAGGACAGCCAGAGCAAAGAAUACAGCCAGCUCUUUCAGAAUGCUGAUGACAUGAAGAAUCAACUCUUAUCUAACAGGAGCAGUGAAGUGUAGCAGACAGGAUGGACAGAGGAAAAUAAGACGGAUCAGAGAGAGGAAGCUGCCUGUGGACAGAAGGUGUUGAUAGAACAGAGACCAGAAUGAAACCUCUAGACAUGGCACAUGAAAAAAACAGCCUCUGGAUCUUUGGCUACGGGUCUUUAGUUUGGAAGCCGGAUUUUGCUUAUAAAAGACGGAAAGUCGGUUACAUUAAGGGAUACAAGAGACGGUUCUGGCAUGGGGAUGAUUUCCAUCGAGGGGAUAAAGAAAAUCCAGGCAGAGUUGCCACACUAGUAGAAGAUGAGAAGGCCUGCACAUGGGGCGUUGCCUACGAAGUGCCACAGUCCCAUAUGGAGGAGUCCCUUCAGUACCUCAAUGUCAGGGAGGUUAUGCUGGGAGGAUACAUAACAGAAAUUGUGGAGUUUGUUCCUAAAGAGAAGAGCCACACUCCCCUGCUGGCUCUGGUCUACAUCGCCACAUCGGACAACCCCAUCUACCUUGGUCCAGCCUCAGAUGUGGAGAUUGCUGCCCAAAUUUCAAUUUCCAGUGGAAAAACUGGCCACAAUAUUGAAUAUUUGCUCCGGCUGGUAGAGUUUAUGAGGCUGUGCUGUCCGGAGGUGGAGGAUGAACACCUUUUCUCCAUUGAGGCAGCUCUUUUAAAGAUCUUCCCACAUGGAGAGAUCACACUCUCAGCUCAAAAAGCUCUCUAACAGUGACCUUUAAUGAAGGCACACAGAACUUAUUAUAUGACUUUUUGAUUAUUUAAGGUGUUUGGUGCUAUAAAAAAAAACUGUACGAUUUCAUGUAAAAAAAUGUAUCUUUUUGUUGGUAAUAAGAAAGACUUUGACUACAAUAUGGAGGGUCUGCA